AAAGUGCCACCCCGAGGCUUACGUUACGAGGUUUAAUUAAACUUUCUGGGCAUUCUAAGCGAGACCUUGACCUCGUGGUCUCUGUCUCUCUUAUCACCGGAAACAACCAAGGGAAUGAGAUGUGAUCAACAUGCGCAUUUCUCAAAUGUCGCUAUUUGAACUUUGACGUGCGAUUCAAGAGGAAAUGCCACCGAGUGGUCCGUGAUGUUUCUUUCUCUUCUGUUUGAGUUUGGUUUGGGUUUUGGGUGCUGCCCAAGCUGGGCAUUACUCUACUCGAAACAAGGGCCUGAGACAUUUUUUCCUGAGUGUCUUGAGGUUUUUUUUUUAUUAGAUAGCGGUGAGUCUGAGGCCAAACAGGCUAUUGAUUUCUUGUCUGUUAUUAGUGACUGGGUUGAGAUAAUGCGAUGCAUGCAGCAGAGUUCCAUUUCCGUGCCUUGUCUCACGUUGAGUGGUCGGCAGUUUAAAUGGCCUCUGCGGUGUACUCUAAAGUAUUCCGUUAUAACCAGGGUAUUAUAGAGUAUCAUGUAAUUUUGUGUACUUGUCAGUACUUGAAUGUUAUCAGUUGUCUCUCAUAUUUCCCUGAAUAGCUUCACCACCUUCACCACCACCAACACCACC